CAGCACUGGACUGAGGAGCAGCACUGGACUGAGGAGCAGCACUGGACUGAGGAGCAGCACUGGACUGAGGAGCAGCACUGGACUGAGGAGCAGCACUGGACUGAGGAGCAGCACUGGACUGAGGAGCAGCACUGGACUGAGGAGCAGCACUGGACUGAG